AAUAUCCGCUAUCCAGUCUUUACAUAGAGAUCAGCGGCAGUGGUUUAGAUUAGCUAGCGGCUAGGGCCGGGGACGGGUGGAUACAGUUUGGUAGUUGAAAACGUACCCGUUUGCCAUGAUCAGAAGUGCAACCACAAUGUGGUGGCUUUCUACUUCUAGGACCUCUGCCCAAGACCGAGUGAUUCUGACCGUGAACGAUAAACCAGUUCGUGGAGAAAACGGUAAAUUCAAGCAAGUCGUGUCGGUCAAGUCAUAUCGGGACGGAAGAGUACAGGUGUGUUUUGAUGACGGAAGCACCAGAGAACUUCUGCUUGCCGAUUACAGUGCAGAUGGUACUACACCUGAUAACAUGGGGGUAGAACAGUUUGCCGAGCAUUUGAAGCGGCGGUUCCCUACUUUGACAAAUGCCCCUGUACAAGGAACCAAAAUGCCACACAAGUCAUCUCCUUCUACCCCAGCUCAACCAUCGCCACCAAAAAAUGAAGGACAUUGGAAGCGCAAUCUAUUGGUGGGGCUAAUAUGUGCACCACUUGCCGUGGGCGCAGCGGUGGUAGCUCUACCGGCGAUUGGCUUCACGGCCGGCGGCAUAGCGGCCGGAUCCUACGCCGCCGGCAUGAUGUCGUCCGCGGCGGUCGCCAGCGGUGGAGGAGUGGCUGCUGGUUCAUUGGUGGCGACCCUGCAGGCCGCCGGGGCCGCGGGCCUCGGCGCCGGCGCCACGGCAGCUGUGGCCGGUACCGGCGCUGCCGCCGGGGCAAGUGCUGCGUACGUAGCAGGCAAGGUUGAGGAUCAACUCAAGAAGACCAGCGACGAAAAAAAGAAAUAAGCAAAAAUAUCUCAAGCCGAAAGUAUUAACAUGAGAUAUCAGGUUAUAUGGUCCUUGAAACAAUUUAUUGUGCUUAAAAUUAUUUCCGUGAUAGGAAUCUUCUAAAAGAGUAACAUUUUCUGGUGAGGUCAAGAGGUGACCAGCAGUUUUAGAGUAAACCUGCUUAUGAGUGUUACUUGUAUUGAAUGGCUAGUGUAUGAAAACACUGAAUAUGGGAAUGUGUGCUAAGAUUUAAGUGCUUAUAUUGAACUAUAAUUAUAUAAAACUGUAAUUUCUUCCCAUUGUCUUCUACAGGUUUCUUUAGGCUUUCGAGCUACUUAUGAGGAAUCCUUGGCUUCAUUGCCAGAAAAAAAUUAUAUAUAAAAAAUAUAAAAAAACAUAAUAGCACUUAUAUUUUUAAUUAAUAAUUGUUUACAUUAUACAUGGUGCUUACAGUGCUUUGAUUUUCUCGGAGGGGAUCAUUGAAUCGCGAUUUAUACGAUUCCAGAUUCGUCGGACUGGUUCUUGACUGUAGUCCUAGUUUUUAGCAGUUGUCAUUUUAGAUUUUUGUCGUAAAUGCUAACGAGUGCUUUAAGUUUAUUCAAAGAAAUUGUAAGCCUUAAAUAGUACAUUUUGGUUUUUGGAUUCAAGUUUUCACUAACUGACCACCACAAAAUUAUUUCAUAAUUUCACACCACGUUCGCGUCUACUUUGGAUUUCGGAAUUGAAACAAGUAAGAGGUCAAUUCUUGGCACGAUAUUUCUGUUUAAUGUCAGCCGAUUUUUCAGUUUCCACAAAUUGAGAUGCUAAAGUAACAAUUUUACAAAGGCCCUUUUUUCGAGGGUGAUUUUCAUAAGAAAUAAAUUCACCCCAAAUUAAGUGAUUGCAAA